AGAGCGCGGAAUGCAGCUCACCGCCAGGAUGACGUAGAAUUCGCUUUCGAAAUCGGCAGUGGACUCUUGACUGAGGUCCGCCGCCUGCAGAGUCUGCUUGCGGAGCGUGACAAGGCGAUCCAGGACAUGAAAGAGGAGAAGGAUGACCUGGAGAGGACGGUCGAGAAUCUCCGCACCGCUUUACGGCAACAGGAGCAAAGCGCAGAGAAGUACAAGGAGGAGAACUGGAACCUCGAGGUCACCUUGCAAGAGAUCAGGGUUCAGCUCAAUGAAAGCCAGGGCAAUGUCCAGCGACUGGAGGGCGAGCACAAGCGUCUAACCAAGCAGCUAAACCAGUCGCGUGAUGCAGCCGAGCAACACAAGAACGAGGCUGAACGCCAGAAGGUCGCCUACGAUGAGCUCAAGGCCAAGCACGAGACCGACGUU